AUGGUGCAGCUGGCUUGGGUUGUGGACAUCGACGAGGACAAGGCCCAGCGAAUCGCCACAGAACAAGGGUGCCGCUGGUCCACCCAGCUGACUGAGGCGCUCCCAGACGUGGAUGCAGUGAUCAUCGCCUCUGCGACGGACACGCACUUCCCCUACAUCAUGGAGUCCCUGCGUGCCGACAAGGCCGUCUUGGCCGAGAAGCCCAUCUCCCACGAGCUGCACGAGGUGAUCGAGGCCGUGGAGCUGGCCAAGCAUCGGAACCUCCCCUUCGUCUGCGGCUACCAGCGCCGAGCGGAUCGGCACUUCCGCGCGCUGAAGCAGCAGUUGGAUGCUGGGGCGGUCGGGAAGAUGAAGGUGGUGAAGACCUGCAGCCGCGACAACCCGCUGCCCCCGUUGGAGUACCUUCGUACCAGUGGCGGCAUCUUCCACGACAUGCUGAUUCACGACUUCGACAUGCUGGACUUCCUGAGCAAUGGCGAGCAGCCAGAGUCAGUCACGGCCAUUGGACACUGCUACAACUCAGAGAUCCAGAAAAUGAACGACAUCGACACGUGUGCGGUCAUGUUCAAGUAUGCCAACGGUAUGAUGGCCAUGGUUGACACCAGCCGUGAUGCCUCGUAUGGCUACGACCAGCGCAUCGAAGUCUUCGGAGAGAAGGGGAUGCUCACAGCCCACAACGAGCUCACGAGCACUGUCGAGCUGGCCACGGGUGCCGGGCACUUGCGGCCCCCGGCCAUGUACAGCUUCCCGCAACGCUACCUGCAGGCCUACCGUUCCGAGCUCACGGAGUUCAUCGAGCUGGUGCGCGCUGGCCGCAGCAGCGAGGCCCACGCCAAGGAGCAGGUGGCCAUGCUGCGGCACCCGGGCGUGGUCCGCGCAACCAUGGCUGCCGAACUUUCGUGGAAGCUCGGGCGCACGGUGCAGCUGGCAGAAGUGGAAGUUUCCCAGCCUGAGGCCACGGAGACCACGGAGGGUUCGGAGGCCAAGAACAUGUUCGGCGACAGCUUCCGCAACUACGCGAAUUCCCAGCGGCAAGAGAAGGUCGCGGCCACAUACGGCCUCAUGCACCAGAAUCAAACAGUGGAGUUUGUGCAGGAGCAGCGCGAGAAGUGGCUGAAGUUCAACAAAGGUGAGUUCACGGUCAUGGAGGUGAUCGCCAUGCUGGACGAGCUAGUGGACGACUCGGACCCGGAUGUGGACAUCCCGAACAGCAUCCAUGACUUCCAGACUGCCGAACGCAUUCGCGAGCAGUGGCCUGGGGAGGAGUUUGACUGGUUCCACCUUGUUGGCCUUUUGCAUGAUCUGGGCAAAGUCAUGGCACUGCCGAAGAUGGCGGGCAAGGAUACUCUGCCACAGUGGGCCGUGGUGGGCGACACCUUCCCCGUCGGCUGCGCCCCUGCGGAGGAUGCCAUCGUCUUCCCGGAGGCCUUCCGUGAGAAUCCGGACUACCACCACCCUCUCUUCAGUACAAAGAACGGCAUCUAUCAUCCCGGUUGUGGCAUCACUAAGCUGAUGUUCUCCUGGGGCCAUGAUGAGUACAUGUACCAGAUGCUGAAGUUCAAUGGCUGCACCAUUCCCGAGCACGGCCUCAACAUGAUCCGCCUCCACUCUUUGUACCCGUGGCACGACAAGGGGGCCUACAGCCACCUUGAAAGCCCGGAGGACGCAGAGACGAAGAAGUGGGUGAAGGAGUUCAACAAGUUCGACCUCUACUCCAAGGCCGAUGCGGUGCCGGAUGUAGAGAAGCUCAAGCCGUACUACGCCUCCCUGUUGAAGAAGUACAACCUCGAUGGCAAGCUCCAGUGGUGA